AUGGCCCCCUCCUCCACCCCAGUUUCCCUCUUCGGACCACCGGAUAUCUACACACUACCGGCCGCCGCCUCCCCCUCCACAUCGAAGAAAAAUCCAUUCAUGGACCACAUCCAGAUGGUGGCUAAUUUCAACAAUUUCGGGCCAAUAGGCCUGACGGAGAAUCACUCGCUGACGUUUCUCUCCUCCGGCGAAACCUGUCUCGAUUUCUUCUUCAACGUUGUCCCGAAAACGCCUUCAGAAUCCCUCGUCCAUCGCCUGGGAGCACGACCCGUUAACGGCGUUGAAGCUAAUCUGCAAUCUCCGAGGGGCAGGACGAGGUCGUCUUCUCCGACGGGACAGCUCGUCUUCUCCGGCGAUAUGAGCUCGUCUUUUCUGGCUGGACAACUCGUCUUCUCCGGCGAUAAGAGGUCGUCUUCUCCAGCAGGACAGCUCGGACGUAACAUGUGCACUGACGCGGUCGCCGGAGAAGCCGGAAUCUGGUCAGGAAGAAUUGCAGCUGGCGGUGAUGUGUGGCAGAGUCGGGGUGGAUGUGGGGCGGCGAUGUGA